AUGGACAAAGAAAAUGGUAAAGGCAACAGUAAAGGUAACUCCGGCUCAAACAAAUUGUCCAAUUCUCAAGACCCCGACUCCAUACUUGAUGCUGCCAGUCUGUUCGGGGCCUAUUGGCCCCGCGGCGACGCCGCCGCCAACAUGUUCGCCGGCUUCGGCCUGCCCGCCCACCAGUCGAUGCAGUUCGGCAUGCUGCCGCCCGGAGGGGGAGGAGGCGGUUCGGGUGGCGCGGGGCGGCAGGCGCAGGGGCAGCAGCAGGGCAUGCCGCCCGCCUAUCCGGCCGCCACCAGCGCCUCGGCGGCGGCGGCGGCUGCUGCUGCCGCCGCUUACAGCAACGCCUACAACAACACGCUGUCGGUGGCGGCUAGUCAGGCGGCCAGUCUCGGGAUACCUGCUGCAAGGAAGGCGGGAGACGAGAGGGAAGAUCAUGAUGGUAGGUUUGAUGUUUUUUUUCUUUUUGGUCCCACUUCGAUCUCUGUCGAUUCUGCCUGUUUCGUCCCCUGA